AAGAGUGGAAUAGUGAUUUUAAUUUAGAAGGUCAUGAAAUACAUCCUGCUGAUAAUGAAACAGCCAAAUGGAUUUUAAGUUCUUUAUUUAAAAGUUCUUUAGAAUCUUCUUCAUUUUUAAAUUUGGAUGAAAUGUUUACUAAUAUAUAA